AUGGGUAAUUCAUUCGAUCGACUGGUCGGUUAUGACGAUUCAUCAGCCGACUCUGCUAUCGAUGGCUUGGAUAAUCGUCGGAAACGAAAAGGUGAACCUGGGGAAACUCCACCGAAGAAAAUAACAAAGCUCGACACUGCGAAAUAUGUCUACGAGAGGUUAUUUUUACAGGGCGAGGGAUCGGAUGUGACCGUGCAUGCUGUUGGUCACGUUUGGCAUCUUCACAAACUUUACCUACAACAGUGCAAGUAUUUUGAGACACCAUGCAAGGCAAUAAGGUCCGUACGCCGUCAGCGUCACGAGGAGUACACUUCAAUCACCGAUUCAAUCUCAAUACAUCAGCGUGGGCGAAAUGUAGUGCAGUCACGAUCCGUGUCUACUGACCACCAGGACUCAGCGCCUCAGAGUGAUGACGAGGUUGAAUUAAAUGUGGCAAGAGAGUCGAUGCUUCGACAAAAGAGGUCAAUUGAUAGGCGCACGCUGGAGGAGGAAGAUCACUCGAGGUUAGUGGAACAAGAAGAAUUGGCUGACUGUGAACUCACUGACAUCCUGUCGGACGAUGACGAUGCUGAAGCUCAUAAAUCUGAUGGAGAGCGUGGUGUAGAUUCUAGAGGACUACAUGCCGUGCUUGGAUCGCUUUAUCAUAACCAAAUCGAACUCGACUUAGAUAAGGCUGAAGGAGUUCUGUCCGCUGCAUCUGUUCUGCAGGAUCAUCAAAGAGAGUUAAGGUAUGCUCUUCUUCUUGUAGCAUUCAAAUCUUUUCGAUGUUUACAAUUCCUUUAUGGUCAAGUGGUUCAAAUGUUUAGUAAGGAAGAUACAUUUAUUCGCUUGAUUUCCUCUUCUGAAUUACUUAUCAUGGAGGGCGAAAUGGAUAUUUACAUGAUGAUAAAGAUGUGGAUAUUCCUACGAGAGAAACCUCAUGCGGCUGCGUUACCGGAUAGUGACUUUGUUCGUCAGAUGAACGAGUGUCUUGCUAGCUAUCCUACUGGUGAAUUAUUCGUCAGACACGCUGGGUUAUUUGCCGCUCUACGUCUUCAUCAUAUAAUUACGAGCAUAGUUGUAGUAGCUCUUAUUUCGCAGAAGGUGAAUGAACUGUCCAUGGAUGACUUCCAUGUUAAUUCUUUGCGCCUUGGUCGACUGGUAGAUAGUUUGCCCAAAUGCUGGCGUUGGGCUGGAUUUAACAAUGGUGUGGAUAUUGUGCUGAACAUGUGCCAUGGAAUACUUACAAUGAAAAGGAAUUGUCUGAGCCAAGCAACACCAUACUCCAUUAACCUUAAAAGUGAACGUGUUAUUCACUACAGGGUAAUUAUCUCUGAUAGUAAAGGGCUGUGCCUUUUUGACAGUACGAAACAAAGUGUCACUUUGCGACUAGAUCAGAGUGUUGUCAUCGCUCGUCUUGCCGACGAUAUUGUGCUGCCAGUAUCUGUUCAUUUGCUUUAUCUGGCUUCUCAACCUGCUCCACCAUCAUUUCUUUAUGUCAACCGGUAUAUCAAAGAGAUGGUAAAGAAGGAGCAUGAAGAUUAUGAUAUUACUGGAAUUUAA